AUGGAACCUGCAGAUCAGGGGGGUAGAGGAGGAGGGGUGGCGUCCAACAGCAGCAGCGACGACAGCAGCAGGAGCAAUUCUGAGCAGUACCAGCGUCGCCGCCACCACCAGCAAGGCGGCGGCGGCGACGGCAGCAGCGGCGGGGGCUCUGCGUUGAGGAUGGUCCCUUUCGAGGGGCGAACCCUACAUGGUGGUGAACCGUCCUCCAACAACAACAAUAGCAACAGCAAGCAGACUCCCUCCGGGUUCAUGGGCGGCGCCGCCCUCCCCGGCGGUGCCGCCGCCGCCCCGAAGCGGUCCUCCAAGGACCGCCACACGAAGGUGGACGGGCGUGGGCGGCGGAUCCGCAUGCCCGCCCCCUGCGCCGCCAGAGUCUUCCAGUUGACCCGCGAGCUGGGCCACAAGUCAGACGGGGAGACCAUCGAGUGGCUCCUCCAGCAGGCCGAGCCCGCCAUCGUGGCCGCCACCGGCUCCGGAACCAUCCCCGCCAACUUCUCCUCCCUCAACGUCUCCGUCCGCAGCGGCGGCGGCUCCUCCAUCUCCGCCCCCUCCUCCCACCGUCUGGCACUCCACCACCACCACCAGCAGGCCGCCGCCGCCGCCCAGAUGGCGGAGACCCUCCACGGCGGCGGCGGCGAGCCGUCAGCGGAGACCCACAUGAGGAAACGCUACAGAGAGGACCUGUUCAAGGAAGAUCCGCAGCAGGACCGGGGAGGCGGCGCCGCCAAGUCACCGUCGUCGCCGCCGCCGCAGCAGAGCUCGCGGCAGCAAGAGGCGGCGGAGCUCAGGUCGUCCCCUGGCGUCGUCCCAGCGGCGGCGAUGUGGGCGGUGGCGGCGCCGGCGCCGGCCAGCGGCGGGGGAGCUUUCUGGAUGCUCCCGGUCAACGCGCCGGGAUCCAGCGCCGCCACCGUGGCGGCCCCCGUUUCCUCUGAGUCCUCGUUCUGGACGCUGCCGACGACGGCGGGGAGGUUCCGGACGGCAGCGCAGAUCCAGACGCCGCUCCACUUCAUCUCCGGCGGGAUGGACCGCCCGAUGGGGGCGGUACCGGUGGGAUCGAUGCUUCUGCAGCAGCAGCAGCCGGCGGCGGCGGCGCAGCAUCUGGGGAUAGGCUUAUCGGAGACCAACAUGGGCAUGCUGGCGGCGCUCAAUGCUUACAACCGCGCCGGGAUGAGCUCGGCGGCGGAGCAGAAUCGCCACCAGGUGCAACCGCCGCCUCCUUCGCAGGCGUCGGAGAGAGGCGAUGAGCAUCGCCGUGGCUCUCAUCAGUAA